AUGAAAUCUGUUGAAGUCCGCCAAAACUCACUGGUGACCGGGGACGCCGGGGAGAAAAGUGUUGAGGACUUGCCAUGCAGCGUGCAGCGCACGCUUCGGGGCCAUCAGCGGGAAGCCGUUUUUCUGCCUGGCCUGGGCAGGACUUGCCCGCGCGGCCCACGGCAUUCCAAAGUGAGGCGUCAUCGGCUACGAGCGGCCUUUAUGGCAGCUCUACGUCGCUGGGCAGUGAAGAGUUGGAAUGCCAUGACCAUGACAACCAUAUUGGUCGAGUCUGUCAUGGAGGAUACUGCAGAUACCUUACAGUCGGAGGCAGAUCCCCGUCAUUCAGUGCGGCCACGGCUGACAGAGGCCGGUGGACUCACCGCCAGUGAAGAGACUACCCUGCGUCGCAGAAUCGCAAUGCAAGCGCGUGACGUCGACUUGGAGGUUGCCUGGAAGCUUCAAGCCAAAAAGAUGUGCGAAGACGAUGUGACCGAUAUGCAGCCCAUGCUUCGUUUGGUGGAACGAUCUUGGACCGAGUCACUCUGGGAGUUUCUCGAUGAUCCUACUUCCAGCUGCUUUGCGUGGUGGACAUGGCUCUUUCUGAAACUCCUGGUUGUGUUGUCCUUCGUCAUCUCAUGUUCCCAAACUCCCGAGAGCCCUUCGCGCAUGGAUCCUGUGGCAGCUGCUAUCUGGGAGACAUCUUUGGACACGUUCUUCUUGUUCGAGUUUUUGGCGCGAGUGAUUUCGACACCUUCGAAGAAGACCUACUUCAAAGACAGGUUGAACUGGGCCGAUAUGGUCUCCGCCUUGGGUCUCCCCUUGCGCGCCAGCGUUGGCUUUGUGAUCUACGUCGAUGCGACUUCAAGGUACCAACAGACAGUGAACACCAUACUGCUCCUAUUCAUACCCUUGGUCCGUUUUCUAAAGCUGCUCCGGUACUUCGAAGCGUUCAGGCUCUUGGUUGAUGCCUUUAAGAAUUCUGUGGAGGCGUUGCCAGUCUUAGCCUACCUCAUGGCCCUCAUUACCGCCCUUGGUGCCACCGCCAUCUAUCUCUCGGAGGACAGAAGCAAUAUCCCGAGUUUUCAGCAUGCCAUGUGGUUUGCCAUCAUCACAAUGACCUCUGUUGGUUAUGGGGAUUAUUACCCCGAGUCCUUUGAAGGCUACGUUUCCGUCUCGGUCCUGACCUUCGUCAGUGUCUUAUUUCUGGCGUUGCCUGUGGGCAUCAUCGGCUAUGAGUUUACCUGUUGUUGGCGGAAUCGUUGGAAGGUCUUGCUGAUCCAGAAAGCUCGCAAAUGUUUGGAAAAGUGGGGCUACAGUGCCAAAGACGUACGCGUUCUCUUCGACUACGUUGAUGUGGACGGAGACGGCAGCUUGAAUUUGAGCGAAUUCAUUGAGCUGAUUCGUCAGAUGCGGGUUGGAAUCAGCGCAGAAACUUCCUUUCACAUCUUCAGCCUUUUUGAUGAUGAUCAGAACGGCUCUUUGGAUUGCACGGAGUUCCUGCGCCAUGUCUUCCCGGAGGAGUAUGUGAAAGAAGCGCAAGAGAAGCAGACACCGGUGCGGAAGUCACGCCACGUGGUCUCCCUCGCCUUGCAUCACUUGGAGACCGAGGGCCAGGGCCAUGGCGGUGUGACAAGAGAGACAGUGACAAGAGAGACACGCUUCGCCGAAGGUUAG